UUUGCUCUCCUUCCCCGCCGCCAGCCGCUCCGAGGGUGCAUCUCUGUCGUCACUGGACCCCUCGAGGCUCGCUCCGGGCGCCAGAGAGCUGCACCUGGAAGAUGCGCCCGGGAACAGCGGGCACUUUGAAGACGGCGUUCUUCUUCUUUGCCUCCAUAUGCGCCUGGUAUUCCGGGUACCUGCUCGCAGAGCUCAUUCCAGAGGUAUCCCUGACCAGUGCUGUUUAUAGCAUCCGGAGCAUCGCCAAGAAGCCCCUCCUCAAGGCCCCAGCCCCUAAAAGGCAGAAAUGUGACCACUGGAUCCCGUGCCCCUUGAACACCUAUGCCUACCGCUUGCUCAGCGGGGGCGGCAAGGACAAGUAUGCCAAAAUCUGCUUUGAAGAUGAGCUGCUCAUGGGAGAAAAGACUAGAAAUGUUGGAAGAGGGAUAAAUAUUGCCAUUGUCAAUUAUAUGACUGGGAAAGUGAUAGCAACACGGUAUUUUGAUAUGUUUGAAGGUGAUAACUCUGGACCGAUGAUGAACUUUAUUCAUAGUGCACCUCCAAAGUCCCUGCUCUUCAUGGUGACCCAAGAUGACGGUGCGAGCAGGCUGAAGGAGGACACCAAGAAGGUCAUAGAAGCACUUGGAAGUAAACAAAUCAGGAACAUUCGGUUCAGGUCAAGCUGGGUAUUUCUCACAGCAAAAGGCUUUGAGCUUCCUGCAGACAUUCAGAGAGAAAAUAUCAACCACUCUGACAGUGGGAGGAACAGGUACUCUGGCUGGCCUGCAGAGGUACAGAUAGAAGGCUGCAUCCCGAAACAACCGAGCUAAUGUUGCACACGGCCUUAAUAAAUGUGUGAUGUGUAGACCCAUGCAGUGU